GUUAUCCCAAGUAUUUUAUAUAUGUUGUGUUUCCACAUCAGUCCGGUGCGGUCAGUCGCGUACAUACUUUCCGUCGUGUCCGUGUUAUCAAUUCGUUUAAUUCAUAAAUGUAAAUAGAUAUAUAUGUAUAUUAACACUUAUAUGAUAGUAUUCGUCGGGAUACUCGGGAUACCUAACCCACGCGUUGUUACUAGUACCAGAAAACUAACAAAAGAAGUUUGCAACGAGGAAUAACUAACAAAGCCUUUCGCAUUACAUGUAGAUUUAUGUACACCAACGAGUAGUUAAUUAAAGUGAAGAAAUUGUUAAAAAAAAAAAAAAAGGGCUAGCAUGGCGGAAGUCGAGGCAAAAGUUAACAUGUCACUUGAUGACAUUAUUAAAAUGGAAAGGAAGAAGAGGUCCAACAGCCAAGGCCCCUAUAACCAUCAGUAUAACCAGAGAGGCGGCGGUGGUGGCGGUUACCGCGGUCGCGGUCAAAACAACCGCGGCAACAAUAUGAUGAGAAACAACCGCGGAACGAUGAAUCAUUACAACAACCGCAACAACUACCACAAUUACAAUAACAAUUAUAAUCGCAACAACGUUAUGAACAACAACAACAACAACAACGGCAAUAGAGGUAACUACCGGGGCGGCGGUCCGUACAGGAGGUACUCGCAGAACGGCGUGCGGGGCGGCUUUGUUCAAAAGCGGUACAACAAUUAUAACAAUUACAACUACGUGCCCUAUCAUCAAACGAAUUUGCGGAGAUCCCGAAGCUCCGUGUCCUUAAACAGAAUGAGCCAAUACAACGGUCCGAUGGGCUACAGUAACAAAAGUUACAGUCCUCGCAGAGGUGGUGGCGGUGGUGGCGAAAACUGGGGCGGUGGUGGCGGCGGUAGAUACCGACAAUCGCGGAGUCGGAGCAGGAUUAAUUAUCAGAACAACAGCAACUACUCGUCCCCGACCCGGAGCUACCUACAGAGGACCAACAGCCUGCCGGAUUUAAGGGACGACGAUGCGUCCUCUGUCUACGACAGAUUGGGUUAUCAAAACACUUCUGCUCAGACUGCGUACAGAAACCGAGUUAUCAAGAACGCAUUGCAGUUGUCACCGUCUAGAAAGAGUCUACCACCGCAAGGACGGCAAAGACGUUACAGUGCCGGGAGUAUACGUUCGGAUCAGAUACUGAGAGCCCAGAGGCGCGCACAGUACGAACAGAAACUCAUGAGAGUGAAUGCUGCCCGAGCCAAAGCCAUACCCAUCGACUACAUGAGCUCUCUGAACGAGUACGUUUCGAAACAGCAUCCCUCAUUGGCCCUCUAUCAGUCGCAGAAUUCUCUGAACGCGCGCCAAAUGCGAGCCAAAUCGCCAUACGCGCAGAGUUUAAAAAGCUUCCAAACGAUAAUACCGAAAACAAAAUUUGUCAACCGAUUUGCAGGAGCCAAUAAAGUCGCCAAGGCGGCAGCCGCAGAGGCGCGCAAGAUCAAGGUCGCGCUCGCGCGCAAGGAGUACUCAGCGCGCAAUCGGUCUCAACAACGUAAUCGGUCUCGAAGGCGAUCUCGAGGACCGGAGCUUCUCCGAAGUAAUGUACAGUCUCAGCGGAAAUUUUGGCGUCACCGGGCGAACUCUGGAUGAUAGGUUUUCAACGUAGGACUUGGACGACGACGACGACGACGACGACGUUUUGUAAACCUUUGAGGAGGGAUCGUGUACAGGCUGGAACAUUCGUUGACGAUUUUUUUUUUCUUUUAUACUGUACCUAAAGCAAUGUUUUUUUUUAAUUUAUCGAUUUUCUUUGCUUGAUAAUGUGUAUCAAUUGCCAUUGGUAACUAACAAUAGAUUUGACUAGAAAUCUUAUUUUUCUAAUUAUUUUUUUAUUUUCAAAGUUGAAUCAAUCACGUUCCAGCCACAACAAAAAAGACACCUGCAUUGAUGUUCCUCUUUAACUUGAUCAACUAUUUUUUUUCUUCCUUUUCUAAGGAUCUUUUUUAUUAUUAUUAUUUUUUUGUUUUUAUCACACGAUAAAAAUAAACUCGAGAGACUGUAAAAUAACGGUAACAGAGGAAAAUAUAUCCGAUGUAUGGAUUAGGCCGAUGUUAUUGAUACAUUCUGUACUAGAGUGUAAUUGUACGCUUUGUGCAAGGAAUUAGGUAUGAAUGUAAUGGCGGUACUAAAAUUGUAAUUUAACACUUGGCUUAUUAAUAUUAAAUAUAAAUAUAUUAAUGAGAGUGUAGUUGGUUGACUUGUGAUAUAUUGAGCAGGAAUAAUCGAAAGAAGCAAUUUUCUGUAUACUUUUUACGAAAGUAAAUUCCCCGAUAUUGUGUAACGAGAAUAAUAAAUCUUCCUACUAGUUUUUCUUCUUUUUCUACGGCAAAAGUAUUUUUAAUACAUCAUUUUUUUUUUUUUUCAUCGACAGAAAAAAAAAACAAUGUCUCGUUUGCACGAGCGCAUAUGCAUUAUUGUCCAAAGUAAAGAUGUACGAAAUUCCCAUCAUUUAUCUAUUAUUGUCGAUUAAAGCUCAAAUGAAGUAUCAAAA